AUGUUGGGGAAGAAUGAAAUGCCUAUUGCAUUCCCAUUAGCAGCUGCUCUCAAAAAGUUGGAUCUCCUAUAUGCGUUGCUCGACACUGAAGACCAUUGUACUUUAAUUCAAAAGUGCCCCAACUUGGAAGUUCUUGAGACAAGGAAUGUCAUUGGAGAUAGAGGAUUAGAAGUCCUUGCUCGGAGUUGCAAGAGACUGAAGAGGCUCCGAAUUGAGCGAGGUGCUGUUGAGCAAGGUAUGGAGGACGAAGAUGGUGUUGUUUCACAGAGGGGUCUGAUGGCUUUGGCACAGGGCUGCCUGGAACUGGAGUACUUGGCUGUGUACGUGUCAGAUAUCACAAAUGCAUCUCUGGAAUACAUUGGGACUCACUCUAAAAAUCUAAAUGAUUUUCGCCUUGUCCUGCUUGACCGUGAAGAGACGAUAACAGAUUUACCACUUGACAAUGGCGUUCGAGCUCUAUUGAGGGGAUGCCAAAAGCUUCGAAGGUUUGCUUUGUAUCUCCGUCCUGGGGGUUUGACUGAUUUGGGGCUUAGUUACGUGGGCCGGUAUAGUCAAAAUGUGAGAUGGAUGCUUCUAGGUUAUGUUGGUGAAUCUGAUGCAGGGCUUUUGGAGUUUUCAAAGGGUUGCCUUAGUCUGCAGAACCUAGAAUUGAGGGGCUGUUGCUUCAGUGAGGGUGCACUGGCUGUUGCAGUGAUGCAGCUGACUGCGCUAAGGUACUUGUGGGUGCAAGGGUACAGGGGAUCCCAAACGGGUCGUGAUCUUUUGGCAAUGACUCGCCCGUAUUGGAAUAUUGAGUUGAUUCCUCCUAGACGAGUUAAUGUUCUUGAUCCGAACGGGGAGGCAGCAGUGGCUGAGCAUCCAGCUCAUAUUCUUGCAUACUACUCUCUUGCUGGACCAAGAACAGAUUUUCCAAAUACUGUUAUCCCCUUGUAUCCAGAGUCUUUGAUUAACGCAUAG